UUCCAUUGUGUCACUGUCAGCAUUAGUCUAUGUUGUCAGUGUCAGAGUGUGAGAUAACAGUUUCGUUAUAUAUUAAGUGUAUAAUCUAUGGUUUCGUUGACAGCGCAGGUGGUAUUGGCAGGUUGAAUUGAUUUUCACAAAAAUGUCGUUAACGGACAAGAUAUCGAUGCUCAUGUCGCGUCCGGGGGGUGACAAUGCCCAGAAAGAUGACGUUCCUACUUGGAUGCGAUAUGCUGGACGGGGUCUUGGAACAGUUGGCAGCUUCAUCGCCAUCUUCUUUGGUCUCUUCAACUGCUUGGGCAUUCUAACCUUGGACGUGCCGUGCCUGAUCGCGGGCAUAUGGCAGAUGCUUGCUGGUUUCAUUGUCAUAGUAUGCGAGGCUCCCUGCUGCUGUUUCUUCAUCGACUACGUGGGGACCUUGAGCCAGAAAAUGGAGACCAGACCUUAUUGGAACAAGGCCGCUAUGUAUCUUGGACUGGCCGUGCCUCCGUUUUUCCUUUGCUUCUUCAGUUUCAGUACGUGGUUGGGUAGCGGACUGAUAUUCGCCACCGGGAUCAUAUACGGAAUGAUGGCGCUCGGCAAAAAGGGCUCCCGUGACGACAUGGCGGCCAUGGCGGGCGCCGGCUCCCCCGCGCAGCCGCCCGCCCACGACCACACCCUCACCCUCAUGGAGGACCCGGACGUCUGGCGCCCCAUCUAAACAGGCAAACAUAAUCACACGCCAUCACGACUCGUGGCUCGCUCGCUCGUUUUGCCAAUACAAUAACUCAAUAAAUAAUUUAGAGACAACUAUUUAGAGACACUGUUUUUAGUUUCGCGAAAAUCACACAGUAAACUCACACACAGUAAACUUAAAGUGAAUUAAUGACUUGGCAAAUUGUUUUUAAGAUCAACUUGGUAACCAUCUAUAUGGCAACACUUAGGGUGAACAGAAUAACUGUUGUUUAUAUGAUUGAUGUUCUCAAAACAGUAAAUUCUAUUUUAUAGUAACCAAAAAUAGUGUUUGAGUUAUACAGAUAUACAGACCAAUAACUAUCGUAAUAAUCUUAAUACUCAUUUAUAAUCUGUUUUUUCUACAAAUUAUAAGAUAUUAUGUCUGAAGUGUCAAUUGCAAUGUAUUGCAAUGUCUUGGCCUACGCGAUUGCUACACUGCAGUUUGCUUAGUGCGAGUUUUUUAACGUUCUCGAUAGCGUUAAAGUUAACUUAAGUUUGUAUGGAGUUGGUACGUUUUCUUACGUUUGCCGCUAGGGGCGUUGUUCCAACUGCAUGCUUUGAGUUAACUUUUACGCUAUCGAGAGCGUUAGAAAACACGAACUAAGCACACAGGAGUAGCCGAGACUGUUGUAAGUGAGGAUCGCGUUGUCUGAAUUUGAACUCGCCAUAGUUAGUACGCUGCAAAUGCCAGCUUCACUACUUGCAAUCGAUUUGGGGAAAGCGUGCGAGUCACGAUUCCAAAGACGCUUAACACGCACUGUACAGCAAUACGAUGCACAUUGCUUACGUUUACGAUCUCAUAUGCUUACGUUUUUACAUUUAUUUUUUGCAUGUUUUUAGAUUAAUUUUAAUUGUCAGUUUUAGUUGACUUUGUUUUAAGUAGGGCUUUUGUAUAAGCAUGUUCUUUAGCCUCCCACACCUGGUAACUUCAAUAGGUAUUAUAAUGUUUUAUUUAUUUAUUUCUGUAACAGAGCGUCAAUAGAGGACAUGCGGUCGUCGGCGGCCAAUCUGGAGGCGGGCGUGGGGCCAACAACCGCGCCCCGAGCAACCCUCGUUACCAACGAGCAGCCCGUCAGCUUCACCGGCACGCCUGUCACCAAGUGACCGCUCACCUUCCGCAAAGUUAUGCGCUCCUAGUACUUGGACGUGAGACUUUUCAUUUUUCAGAAUAUCAUUUACUUCCUCAAUAGUCGAGUUCCCUGGUACUUUUUGAAGGGCGACGUUCGAAUUCCGAAUUCAGACGUGUAUUUUUUUUAAAACUUCUCUUGAAGUUAUGUUUGCCUGGUAGUUGCUUCAAAUGUUUUGUUAAUCAUAUACAAUUUUUGUAGUUAGUAUAUUUUAUAGUUUUUAGGUUAUUUAUCAAUUUUCUUUAUCGUUACUUAUAGUAAGGUCUUUUUAAUAUUAAUACCAAUUGAGGCUGUACAUUGUAAAAUGACAUGAUCUUAAUUAGGUAAACUUUUUAUGUGCUCAAAGUGUUUUAAAACACAAUGGGGAAAGUUACUAAAGUUAAAACGAGAGAACCGUUAAAUUUCCAGGUGUUCUGCAUAGGGUUGCCAGGAGCGUAUAAAUUAAUGUUUUUUUUUCCAAAUUGUUUCGUACUGAAUUGUUUAAAAGACGUUACUACCUAUGUUAUUUAUUAAGAUUUAUUUUGUAAGUUGCUUUCAAUUUCGACGAGACUCAUAAUAACUUAUUUUAGGUAAUACAAAUAUAUUUUUAAACUCUAGAAACUUUUACGAUUCCAAUGUUAAAAAAUUGUGAAUUGUCGGUCAAAUUAUAUUAUCGACCUUCAAAUUUCUGCUGCUGCUGUAUGCUUUGUUUCAAAGGAUAUUGUCGCCGUCUUUCAGCAUGUCUCAAGGUUACCAUAGCCAUGAUUUCCAGGAUGCCUAAAAAAUCAAAGGAAAAUAUCUGUUUUGCCAUGUAAACCGAUAUGGCAACUUUGUUUUUAGAACAUCAAGUAAAAAACAAUAUGAAAUCAUUUCAAUCAAAAUGUUUUAUUGGCAGCCUAAUAUUAUUAAUUUAUGUAAAAAAAGGGCUGUAAUUUUUUUCUUCAUUUAUAAAUGUAUUUACGCGCAUAUCCAGACGCUGUCGUUGAAAAGGUAAAUCAGAUGUGUAGGUAUAUGAAUAGUAUAAUGCAUGUUCACUUGUUAAGUAGUACUUGUAGGUUUGUUCGUAAUUGUAAAGUCGCGUUGUAGAUAUUACAGAAGUACAGAGGUUGAAUAGGUUUCGUCUAGCGAAAUUUUGUGAUGUGGUAACACUAUACCUAUUCAUUGAUGCAAAGGCUAUAAGGUCUUGUAACCAUUGGCCGUAAAUAAAAAAUAAAAAAAAGCAUUGAUGCAAACAACAAUAAAUUUAUUAAUCAGACAAGUAUGUAGUAAUGCUGUCUAUUCCUACAUUUAUUUAUUAGAUAAAUUUAAUAGCAAAUUUGUAAAGUAAAUUAGUUAUCAGUCAAAUAUAAAGUUUAGAUGAAAUAUUACGGGAGAACGAUUGAAUUAUUUUUUUAUAUUCUUUAAUUGUUGAUAUGAAGUACAUAGUUGUCUUUGUUGCACGAUUCGUGAAAUUGAAAAGUUUUUCAAAGAAUAGUAACAUAAAAUAGAUAGUCCAAUGUUCAUUGAUUUAGUGAUGUAAAAUAUGUAUACUUCAAGAAAAAAUCUUGUACUACUACUAAAUAUUAUUAAAAUAUUUAUGAUGUUAAUACAGUAAUGUCAAUAUAACGUUUCUUGUUUAAAAUAAAUAGGCUAAAGACUUUGGAUAAAUCUGUCUGGUCUUCUAGAGUUUUUCGUUUAGGAGUGAUCUAGAAUAUUCCAUAAACUGUAACUAUGAAACAGGCUCGUUUAAAGGAGGUAAAAACGUAUGACGCUAUCACGUAUGUACGUUUUGCGUCGCCUGCGUCUAAUUACAACAUUCCAGUUAUUAUUUUUCCUUGAUUUGUUGAUAUUAAGGCUUAUUUUUAUGAACGUUCUAAAUCACAAGGGUGACAAACACAUAAUGCCAUUGUGCACAGUACACGACGGGAUACGAACCCAUAAAUAUUUUAUCUCUUCUUCCCUUUUUUUAACUAUGGCAAUUAGCUUAUUAAGACGCUGUUGUUGCCAGUGUAGAAUUUAAAAAAACUUCAAUGAUUAAUUACAUGCAUAUUCUGUUAAAUGCAAGAUGAUAAUAAUAUGGACCGAAAUGAGAUGAAAAUUUAUAAAUUUGAGACUUAAAUAAAUUAGGAUGAUUUGAAAUGAAACGAGAUGCGAUCGGAUUUGAUAAAUUCUCAGUAAAAUAAUGGUUAUUUAUUAAGACUUUUUGAGUAAAAAAGUUGAAGAACACGAGAAGGCGUCCGGCGGCUUUGUUUCAUUUUUCCGAUAUUUAUGCACUUUCACAGAUGCUAAACAGUUAAUAAACCACCGCUAUUACACGUUUAAAUCUAAAGAAACACUAAAUUACAAAAUUAAACAAUUCCCACAACGUCGCUCCCCGCGUUUUCGCCAAAAAGUCCUUACGUUGUCGAACCGAGCAGUUUUCUAGAUGCUCCAUAGUUGAAAACAUCACGACGCAGUUCACAUAUGAAAUUAAAUUUGCUGAGCGUUGUUUGUUCUGCCGGUGUCAUGGUUGUUUUGCUCGUUGAGUUUACAUUACCAUUUACAGUUCUUUCACAAACACGAGCAAACAGCACGAUUCUCGCGAUUUAUUCCUACCUCCCUUGCCUGCUUACAUUUGUCUGUGUACAGAAGACCGAUUGAUAAUGUUGAUCUCAAUAACGGUUUGGAGAUUCCGGGAACACGAUAUCGGUUAUUAUUGUUUCGUUUCCCGUCGCGUUCGUCUGUAGUUCGUUUUCAGAGAGCACGUCGUCACGCACCGCUCGAUCUCCCACGAUUUUUCAUAAGCGCCAUGACUUGUUACGCCAAACAAAAUUGGAACAGUUCUCAGCGUUUAGGCCGCGAAUUUACUGUCCAUGGCUUCGUCUAUGUCCACGAGCCACAUUGACUAGUUAGGUACCAUGGUGUCAGAUGGACCACAACUGCAUCAUAUAAAGCUCAACUCGCGCCUUCAAAUUUAAAUGUAUUUGUUAUGCAAGUUGACAUCAAUAUGAGCGAGCAUGUUUAGUUUUAUCAAAUCUCAGGGCUCUCGGAAAUUGCUUGUUAUAUGACGAACUUUGGUCGCGUUGGCAGUCAUUACAAAACACGGUCUCAGAUUCCGUUAGCACGGGAACAGAUGGUAUCCUUUACUGUAAGUAAAUGAGUAGGUACGUUCAUAAAACGCUUCCAAGUAUUAUCGAGUGAAAGGCGACUAGUCUUAGAUAUUCGUAAUUUUAGUAAAACGGUAUUGCUCAUAACCGACCAAUACAAUCUGGGUACCUGUGGCUUCUUUGGACUUUUGGACUGAUCCAAAUUUUAUGAUACAUAAUACAAAAUGGUCGGAUCCUUUAAAAUUGAGCGUAAAUAGACAAUGGAAUAGAGCCCUAUGUACGUAACGUGUGAUGGAGUGGUCAGUGGCUUCUCACGGCUCGCAGAUCUUUCUAGGGUGGUCAACGGUUAGGCGUGUUGGUGGUUUCUCAGUGUGGUUCUUCAUAAGCUCUAUCAGAUGUAGAGCGAAGUCGCUUACCAUUGAGGACUCUCUUUCGUUUAAAUAAGGAAAUGUCAUAGCAUUCAAAAAUCACCAAGAGUCCAUUUUAGAGUCAGCUGGAACUUGGCUGAAACGAUCUUUGCAGAGUGUCCAGGCAGUAGAGAUAAACUCUGCUCAUUUGGCUGGCAGUCCGAUCGUCAUAUCAGUUGCUCAGAGAAAAAUGGCUUUAGACUUGGAGGAACUGAAUCAUUAAGACUUAAAAAUUACGAACAAAGCAGAAUCUUAAACAUUUACCCAGAUUGGUAAUAUGGUUAUAGUUACAAUAGCUGAUUUUAUGCAUGCACGUUGCCUUAAAUGAAAAAUUAUUAUAUGAAAUUUAACUUAUGUAACUAGUUAUUUAAAGCUAAUAUUGUCAUCUUGUAUAGUUGAAUUUUGCUUAUAUGCUGAAAAUUUAAUUGAUCAUGAUUUUCUUUUUAUUCCGUGUAUAUAAUGUAAUGAUUAUGAACUACUACUGUUUUUCCUAGUUUAAUUCAUGUUCUACAAUUUUGUAAUCGGAAUGUAAUUACAUAAGAUUUCUACACAGGACCACUCUUUUCGUCUAAAACAAAACACACUUUAUGAGGGUAAAAUAAAAAAUAAAAAAGAAUGUCCCACGCUGGACUAAUAUAGGAUGUUAAUGAGGAUAAUGAUGAAAAUGUCAAUUUAAAAUAUUAAUAUUCGGAUCCGAACCGAGAUGGUAGUAUUUCGUAUUGUUGCAUAAAAAUAAAUAAUAGUCAAGUUUUGGUCGAAUUUAAUCUAUCAUAUUCCUUGAUGAGGUCUUAGGUUGGUAAGCUUUUCAAUAAUUUAUCAUAAACAUGAACUGUUUCUAUGGUUCUUUUUAAGUCAUUUAUCAACAUAUAUUUUUUGUAUUGUUUAUUUUAUUUAAUCAAAUAAAUUACUUAUAAUCAACAUUGUUUUUUUUUUUUUUUUUUGUAUAUUUUCAAUGUGGAGUAAAUGUUUUGUGUUUAUUUGAAACGCAAAUUAUUCCAGUAAAUAUUUUAUAAUAACUAUACAUAGUUGUAAGCGGUUGUUCUCGUCAAGUUAAUGUUACUGUUAGUAUUGCAUAUCUGUAAUAAAUGUGUGUAUAUUGA